AGAGUGCGGCUUUCUUUUACAAAGCUCUACUUCUCAGUUCUCACCAUUGGAAAGCGUGGUUCAGCCGUUCAGGUUCAAUCCUUCGUAUACUUCAGGAUUUAGUGUGCGAAAGGAAUCAAUUAGAAAAGGCAGUGAUGGUACUGAAAAAUCAAGAAUAUAUACGUGCAACAAAGAAGGAUUGACAAAAAAUCACUACAUACCGAGCUUAAAAAAUCCAGAAAUAUUUCUUUUAAUAAUGAAACAAAAGUUGCGUUGUGCUCCUGUAGUAAGUUUGAGUUUGAAGGGAUCCCAUGUGCUCACAUACUACAGGUCUUUGACACUUUGAACAUAAAUGAACUGCCGGAUUACUACAUUUUAUAUAGAUGGAAUAAAGGCUCGUGUAGGGGGGUUGUGAAAGAUGCAAAUGGCUUUGAGAUUUGUGAAGAUCGUAGGAGGGCUUUGUCUGGAGGGAAUGGAAAAGCACUUGAUGCUUUUCUUAGCGGUUAUUAUGAGUUGUCUACGGAGUCUAUAGAAGACCAAGAAGUUGGCCUCCACCUUCUUGAAGAGUGGCGAUAAAAAUUUAAAGAGCACCUUUCGAAAAAUGCAUCCCAAGAAAAUGCUAAAAAGCAUGAACACGAGCCCUCUGCAUCGUUAGAAUUUGUUGAACCUGAUCAUGCAAGACAUAAAGGUUGCGGUAAACGACUCAAAUCGUCAAUGGAAAAGACAACAUCACUCAAUCGUCAAUGUAGUAAUUGUAAAGGACAUGGUCAUGAUAAACGCAAUUGUCCGAAGUUGGGGACUGGGAAGUGUAAAGCUGCAGAAGGUCUUACAAAAGUUCAAAGUUCUUGAGGAAAAUCUCCCAAGAUGGACGCUUUUCACCAAAUUGUUUUUCCUCUAUUUUGUUAAUAUUUAUGUUUUGUGUGGGACAUAUCCAUGUAAUUAUAAAUCUUUUUAUGUAAUUCUUUAUUUUGUUUUUGUUUACUAUUGCUUAUUGAUUGAGUUCUGAAGCAAUGUACUGUCUCUUUUUGAAGAUGUAUAACUACCUUAUGUGAGUCUGUCAUGAUGAAAUUAUGGUUCACAUGUUUGUUGUGAUUGAGGGGCUCAUAAAUU